ACAAACAUUCUCAUUCCUCAAACAUUUCUUGAAUGACUGACAGCUCUGACAUGCAGGGCCAGCGUCAAGAGAGGCUAGUGUAAUCCAUCCCCUUAGCGCCUCCCCAGUUGGAUCGACAUUCUCUCGGACGUCAUUCUACCCGACGGGUGCGAGGUGAUCUGAUCUGAUCUGAUCCGAUUUCCCGAUCGCUUGCCUGCUGCCAACUCUCGAGGAGAGGGCGUGGUUCUUGUUUGUGUUUCCUUUCCAUCCCUCCAACCCUUCUCCUCGACCACGUUAUUGUCAGUUGCGACCAGAUAAAAGCCGGGAAAAUGGACCCAACCCUCGAUCCCCCACUCCCACCACCCCCGCGUCGCAUCCACCACCGCGCCUCGCCAACCCGCCGCCGCGACCACCAUUACCACCACCACCAAAACAACCACAACCACCACUACCGCCUCACCGCCACCGCCACCGCCACCGCGCGCUCCCGCUGCGACGACCGCUCCAGCCAACCCUCCAGCGACCCGGCCUUCUUCUCCAGCGACGAUGUCCCCGGCUCCGGCGGCUUGGAGAACUACACCGCGGGCUCGGCUGCAGGUGCAGGUGCAGGUGCAGCUGCCCACACAGCACACCAGCAUCACCACCAUGCUUCCGGAGCCGGGGGCUUGGCCGGCACUCGGAAGCGCCGGUAUCGCGGGACCUGGUGGGGGGAGAAGAUGAUGUCGUCGGGCGGGCAUCAACCGCAAGGUCAGGAAGGGGCUAAGCGCAACAAGAGGGUGGAUUGGAGGGAGAAGAGGUUGGUCGAUAGUGGGGUU